UGCGAGAAGCGGAAAGCGGAGUGAAGUGGAUAAGUGUGGACACAGGCUGAGUGAGGCACUGAAAUCCUGAUUUUCGAAAGUUAGAAGCGAAACGAGAAUAAUGGGCUAACAAAGCAGACAGGGAAAGAUUCGUUUCAAAAUGUUUCAUCGAGGUCAGCAAAUUUUUUGGAAGCUGCCGCGGCUCAUCUUCCAACCAACAACAUUUUCUGUGCGAGGAGCAAGAGUUGCCCAUGCUAGUCGAAUUUUAACGAGAGUGACCAAACCACACAGACUCAGCUACCUCAGCUCCCGAAAUUUUUCCUCUGACGAGUUAAUAGUUAGUGAUUCUGACCAAGACCUUGAGCCUGCCUUGGACGUGAAGGAUGGGCUCUCGUCAGAAACGUACCGGGCCUUCCUCUACCCUAAUGAAACGCUUCCCCUAUUCAAGCAGCUCAAUGAGGCUAAAAGCGUGCAGGACAUUUUUGCCUUCAUGCACAAGCACAAGGAUGAAUUGAAUCCAAUUUUGGUCAGCCAGGCUGUCAUGGUUCUGUGGGACCUGCAGAGGCUCUUCCUGCAGUACUGCACUGAAGAAUUUCUGGCUGACAGCAUCGCCGAGCUGAAGUCUUACAUCAAAGCAGUUAAUGGGCAUCCUGACUUCAACGCUCUCCUCAGGUCGAUUUCAGACCAUUGCGAAGAUCUGAAGCCUGACGCCUUGACCUGUCUGCUGCUUUACCUUGGAAAAAUGGGCGUUCAGUUGACCCACCCUACCAUGCAAAAACUCCUUGUGGUCUCAAGUGGAAAAAUAGAUCAAUUUCCGCUAACAGCCCUUUCAAGAUUCUUGGUGGCCCUCCAAACUGGAUAUAACAUGAAAACGCUUGAGUGGUGCAGACCCGCUGUUCCUAUCGUUCUUGAAAAACUGCAGAAUGUCAAAGAAGCAGAAGAUUUUCGGCUUGUGACUAUCUCCUUGUCGCACCUCCACCCCUUCAUGACUCCAAAGAUUUUAAAGUUACUUUUUUCAAAAGCCAGAGAACUUCUGGAAGAAGGCGUCCUUGGCCCUCACACACCAAAGGCAGUUGUGAAAAUUCUGAAUUUCAGCAACUACACUCGUGCCUUAAACCCUGAGCCAGACUUGAUCAACUCACUCAUGCUCACUCUGGAAGGCAAUAUCUCAAAAUUGAGGAUUGGGGACGUUGUCAGUCUGAUCCGGUGCACCGAAAAUUUCAUGCAGCCUACAAAAAUAGCUGAAGAAUUAAAUGAGUACGUCCUCAGCUGCCUCUCACAAAUGGAGCCCCUGACGCUUCCUAUUGACCUCUUCAACGGCACUUUAAUCGCCAACUCUCUUAACCCAUCAAUCAGCUUUGUGGAAAAGCUGAUUGAGGAUCACGUCAGAUCUGCUUCAUUCUCAAGUAACAUCACACCCAUCUUCAAGCUCCUCCGAUUCAUCAAAACUCCCAACCGUGAGCUGUGCGACCUAUAUUGGAACAGAGUUGCGUUGCAUCUCAAAAAGUUCCCCAAAGACACCUCCCUGCUGCUGAAUAUCGUCUUUAAAUACAUGCAUUUCAAUAACAACAUGGGUGGAACUUACAGGAAUGAGAAAUUUGAAAAAGUCGCAUCUGACAUGAUCCACGAUUUGAUGAAAACGCCGAUACAAUUUGUUACCAGCAUUAUGUCUAGAUCUGUUGCCUUUUUGGUCGCUUACUCGCCAGAUGAACUUCCAGCUGAAGUUAUGACCAGAACUAUGAACAUGGCAGACCAGUUUUCCAUUGUUGACUGCCACAACAUUUCAAGAGGCAUCAAAAUGGCAACCACCAUCAAAGGCAGCCCCAAAAACCCGGUCAUGUUGGACCAAAUAGUGAAGCUGAGCUCCGUCAUCAGCAGCAGUAUUAGAAACCACCUUUCCACAGGAGAUCUGAGUCUGGCGCAAAAUGACAGCUUGUUUAGAACUUAUCAGAACAUCAGAGGCACGCCUGGCACUGACUUGUAUGAACAGCUGCUGAGGAACUACUCCAAGAUCACACCUUUUGAGCUCUCGGGGCGUUUGCUUAAAGAUAUAUCUGCUUCUUAUAUCAACAACAAAACACUCGUUCCAUCGGCUGUAGACGUGAUGCAGGAAUUUGUCAUCAGACGCAAUGACGAUCUCAUGGGUAUUACAAUAGAGAGAUUUCUGAACAUGCUCUACAUGCUCGGAUACCACUCUCAAUCAACUGAAGAAAGCGUAAAAUGCGCCAGUAAAAUAAUACUAAGAGAUUGUGACAAAAUGAGUGUGCUCUCCUUGCUCAUGGCAACAAUCGCGCUUGACUUCUAUCACCAAGUACCAAUGGAUUUGAUCCACUUUAUAUUCAGCGUAGACUUCCUUGAACGAGUUGAUCAUGAGUUGAAAUCAUGCUAUUCAAGGGCCGUCUAUCCUUUACGAGUGAGGCAGGCCAUGAUGGAGCUGAACAGGGCUGUCUGCUUGGACUAUCCUGAGGCCGAUAUCCCAUGGUUCCACGAAAAGUAUUGCCAGGAAAACAUAACUCCGUUUGCCAACAACUCAGCGUUGCACAAGGAAGUGUUCAAUACCAUAAAAAAUGUUGUUGGCGGAGCUGAUUUUGUGAAACAAAGCACUUUCUCAUCAUAUUAUUACAAUUUGGAUUUUGAAGUUGCUCUUGACGAAAAUGAACGACCCAUCAAUGUGAAAGAAAACAGAGAUCUCUCUGACAGAAAUAUCUGCAGGGUUGCGAUUGUACUUAAUAGAGAUUUUAAUUUCACCAACGGCGUUGUGCAACUCAAUGGGCCUGCUGUACUACGGAGGAGACAUUUAGAAAUUCUUGGCUACCGGCAAGUCCAAAUUAGUAGGUUCAUCUGGCAAGCAAUGUUUAUGUCUGAUGAAUCUACUCGUCAAAAAUUCAUCGCCGAGCAAAUAUGGCCCCACAGACGCGCAGCCAGUUCGCAGAAUAUUGUAGAUGGUGAUGAUUUCGUGCUCACUUAACUCAAAUUUAUGGAUUUCAUUAUCAUCUUUUGUGUCUGUGAUAAGGUUAGACUUCAAAAUAGUUUUCCUUCAGUGCGGAAAUCGUGAAUUAACAAUUUGUUGCAUUUUGGAGAGUAUAGUAGGAAGAUAUUUACUGCCCAGUGGAAUUUAAAAUUUUGGUUGGACAUUUCUUACUCCCCAUUAUUUUUGUAACAGCUAGCAGCUGUGGCAAUCAUCAUGGAAAGUAAUGAGGCGUGUUAAAUUUUAUGCAAAUUAACAUAUUCAUGAGCAUUGCGCGCAUGUGUCAAUAAAUGUGGAAAUUAUCUUCCCAAACAA